GUCCUAAUUUACCACCCACUUACUUAGCAUACACCCCUACCUCAAACCUCUCCACUCCGACCGAAACUCAUACAACCAAAAAAAUUUCCCACCCGCACCGAACAUCCACCGCUUCCCGUCUUCUCCGUUCUCACAUUUCUCAUCAACAAAUCUCUUAACUUCUACCGGACCUGCCUUCGGAGCAUCACUUUAUCAUUCGGAAUAACUUAUUUGUCUCAUCUCCUACUUGCGAAAUCCCAUUUAUCUACUUGUUGACAUGGCGUCUGUCGCCCGCGGCACGUCGCUCAGGGCCGGCGGUGCUUGCGUGCGCUGUCGCAAGGGAAAGACUAAAUGCGUUUACGAGAAUGGUCGAGCGCCCUGUAGGAACUGCGCAAAGGGAAUGCAUGAAUGCUAUCUCCCUUCCGAGAGCAUGGCCCAUCAUCACGGCCAAUCUCCUGCUAGGCCUCCUCGUCCCCGAGAGAGUCUACCUGGAGAGCGAAGCGUGUCGGCAACCAGCGACCGUCAGCCUGUGGCCUCCGGCGCAGUAUUACCGCGUAACAUUCCUUCGAAUACCGAGAAACUCACUCCGGAACUGGUGACGGAAUGUGAAAGGGUAAUCUCCAAGACCAUCCCGUCUUGUGUCGCCUUCCACAAGCCUUCCUUCCUACAGAAGCUCAAGACUGGCACUCUCGAGGGUAGCAUCGUGAACGGUCUGUUAACUUGCGCUGCACGGAGUUCCCAUGGGUUGAUUCGUCGCUAUGGGAACCAAGGAGGUGCCUCGGCAGCCUCCGAGCAUUUUGCCGUCAAGGCCAUCAAUUUAAUUAUGCAGAACCUCGACAAUCCGAGCUUGGCAGACAUUCAGGCUCUUUGUCUCCUCAUCAUCCACGAAUGGGGCAACCGUAAUGCCGUCCGCGCCUACAUUUAUCUCGGCCAGGCUGCCCGUAUGGCCCAGAUGUAUCGGAUAAUUGCCGUGCACCAGAAUAGGGGCGAUCCUGACCAGUUCAUCAAAGACGAAUCAUUCCGUCGCACCCUGUGGUUCAUCUAUGUUCUCGACUGCUUCCUGACAAGCAGCCCCGGUCGCCAGCCGGCCGUCUCUCACCAUGACAUUAAAGAUAUACCACUCCCGUGUCUCGAUAUGAGCUACAACUUCGGUACUCCGGUCUGCGUGCGCACUCUAGCAGGUGGCGCGCCGCCUGGGAUCCCGGAUUCGCCUGCGCAAAUGACUGAGGUCGGCGAGUUUGGCCAUAUCGUGAUGGCAACGCAAGCUUGGCGUAAUGUGAUCGAAAUGCUCACUACUGUUACGAGCACGACCUUCUCCGAGGAGGAUUGUGCGUCUCUGGAAAACGGCAUUGAAUCGGUUCGCAAUUCUCUACCACCGCAUUUUAUGGACAAGCCUGGGCAGAUCAAUCUUCACAUCACUAUGGGUAGCGGGUUUACGUAUGCUAUGCUACAUUGUCUCCUCCAUUGCGCUACUAUUAUGGUCAACCGUCGUAGGCUCUUGCACCUUGUUACCACUGACGGGUUUAACCAUGAGACCUGGCGCAUGGUCCCGCAUGUUCAUUUGCAGACUGUCGACCGAGUAUUUGCGGCCGCUCAUAGCGUAGUGUCCCUUCUGCUUGCUUUGGAGGCCAAUGCUGAUAAGGACGCCAUCCCCAACUUUCCCCUGGUCAUGCUAUUCUCUUGCUUUACGGCUUGCUCUACCGUGGCUUGGUUUAGUUUGAAAGGAUUGACACCCGCCGAUGUGAAUGAGACAGCCGAGUCGAUUGUCCGAGAUGGCAUGCGAUUCCUCCAGGAGGGUGCAAAUAUCUGGAUUUUAGCCGUUCCAUGGUACCGCCAUCUCUCUGUUAUGAAUAAGGUUCUACGGAAUGGCGACAGGACGCUUCAGAGGACACAACCCGAACCCGCUGUGCCGUCGAUCAAAGAGGAUACAGCAAGCCAACCUGACAACCCCGAUAGUAUGGAUUAUGAGCGUCCUCAGUCAGCCAAUGCGCAGGAACAAACCGACGGACGGGGUAGUGAACCACCGCGAAAGUCCGGGUUCACCACUAUCAAUGGGGGAUCUGCCGGAGCAUCAACGCCAGCGACCGCAAGUCCACCGCCAGGGCAGGCAAAGGCGGAUUCCCCGGCACCCUCAUCGUCUGGCCAGCCGGCUGAAUCCGCACCGGCUUCAGGCAACGACAUGACCGCAGCCGAGCUAUGUGUAGCUUUUGAGCGUCAGCUAUUAGAAUUAGAUGACCUCGCCGCCUUCAUGGGCGGCGGCGUGUGAGACGUCGAGCAUCCAGUCUCGAUGUACCGGAAUACG